GCCAGGCGGGUCUGAAGGUCAGGAAGGCUCCCUCCCGGGGGAAGCUCCGCAGGGAGAGGACGGGGGCUGGGCUGUGGCUCCCUGGGACGGAGUCAAGAGCUGGGGACCUAGCUGGGGACACAUGGGUGUGUACGGCGGCCCCUGGAUGGGACAGUGGUCACGGAGGAAGAGCUGAGCCGGGCACCCACGCCCGCCUGCAGGCUGCGCUACAGCCCUCUGAUCUGGUGGAGCCCAGGGAGGUUACUGCCCUCUCGUCUUUCUGCUGAGAAACCAUUAGGUCUAUCUCCAUGGAGACCAAAGAAUCUGAAGGCUUGGCAGAGCCCCAGAGAAAAUCGGUGAGUGUCUCACGGAGAACCAAUGCUGAGCUGGCCACAGCCAGGCCUGAGUCACUCUCAGGAAAAGAGGAGACUCCCUGCGAUGACCAGGACAUCCAAGACAAAGAAUACCGCUGCCAUAUCCCGCUCCAGAGGAACUCCAUCUUCAAUCGCGCCGUGAGACACAGAAGCCAAGCCAAGGCCCGAGGUGCCUCAGACCGGACCACCACCCGCCCGGCAGAGUCACAGGAAAAUGGAAAAGCCACGAGGGCUUCUGAGAGCAGAGCACCUCCGAGCCCAGCAGCAGCGCAGACAGGCACAAGUGCCCAGGAGCCAAGUCAUCACACACGAGAGAGUCAGCAAUCACUCCAGAACAGAUCUCCAAAUUCAAAGUCCCCACUUGUCCUCUCUGCUGCUGGGGUUUGUGACUAGCAAUUUGCUCCUGCAUCAACUUUAGACCCUGCCAUCUAAGAGU